GUCAGUUUUGACAGUUCCGUUCUUAUUCAUUUUCAAUUUGUAAAAGAAAACAACACUGAACUAAUAAACACAAGAAUAUUCAUUCAUUAAUUAUCCAGGAUGUCUCAUAGCGAUAGCGAAAUAAAGGACGUCUUAAAAGACAAAAGGCACAAACAACUCCAGCUGGAAUUCAGAACAAAAAAACGCAUCGGGGGCGAGCCCCCUUUGAAAACCAUAACGAAAAUAGUGCUGUCCAAACGCAAGUCUUUAUACUUGGACCCCAUUAAGCAGGAAUUCCGACUAGUUAGGGCCGUAAGUCUUAACAAUACGAACGAAGUGAAACGUAUGCUCGACCAGGGGGUCAGUCCCAAUAGCAUGGACAACGAAAGGCGUAGCGCCUUACAUGUGGCUGUGAGCAAGGGGUACUCGGAGAUUGUGAAACUUUUGUUGCAUUAUGGGGCUGAUCCCAAUAAGAGGGACAUGAUCCAGAACACUCCGUUGCAUUUGGCUGCCUGUGUGCAUAAUUUGCCCAUUAUUUCGAUGCUUAUUAAUGCCAAGGCAGAUGUGAGCUGUUUGGAUUUGCACGGCAGGAAUCCGUUGCAGCUGGCUUCAAGUAAACUGCAGAUUUUGAGGAAGGGGUGGAGGGAUGGGUCUAUCGAGAUGGUUAAGUUGAGAGAGGAGUUGCAACAGGUAAUUGAUUUGCUACUAUCAUUCCUAAUCCGAGGAGUGGAAGAACGAAUGGAAAGACUGAACAGAAACAGGGUGAACGUGGACGAACUUCAGAUGGUCAAAAUGACUCUAAACACUGGUCCAGCGGAACAAUUGGACAACCAGAUGACCAAACUGCUCGAAGACAUCGAGAAAUUCCAAAUAAAAUAAUCUAAUAUACCCCCACGAUACACUUAUUUAGUCUUUAAAUUAAAGAGUUAUUUUGUUACUGUGUAAUAUACGCAUUUGUUUGUCA